AUGCCUAUUGGCAGAAUAUUAAAUAAGACAUCAUCUGUUUUAGUUCCUACUUGUACCGAUAACACGAAGAAUGGAAAUGAAACUGAUAAAGAUUGUGGUGGUGGGUUAUGUCCAAAAUGCGCAGACAAUUUAGGAUGCCAACAAAAUAAUGACUGUAUAAGCGAUGUUUGCCAACAAGAUAUUUGUCAAGUUCCUAUUUGUACUGAUAAUGCCAAGAAUGGAAAUGAAACUGACAAAGAUUGUGGUGGUGGAUUGUGUCCAAAAUGCGCAGACAAUUUAGGAUGUCAACAAAAUAAUGAUUGCAUAAGCGAUGUUUGCCAACAGAAUAUUUGUCAAGUUCCUAUUUGUACUGAUAAUACCAAGAAUGGAAAUGAAACUGACAAAGAUUGUGGUGGUGGAUUGUGUCCUAAAUGCGCGGAUAAUUUAGGAUGCCAACAAAAUAAUGAUUGUAUAAGCGAUGUUUGCCAACAGGAUAUUUGUCAAGUUCCUAUUUGUACUGAUAAUGCCAAGAAUGGAAAUGAAACUGACAAAGAUUGUGGUGGUGCAUUGUGUCCUAAAUGCGUAGAUAAUUUAGGAUGUCAACAAAAUAAUGACUGUGUAAGCGAUGUUUGCCAACAGGAUAUUUGUCAAGUUCCUAUUUGCACCGAUAAUACCAAAAAUGGAAAUGAAACUGACAAAGAUUGUGGUGGUGGAUUGUGUCCAAAAUGUGCCGAUAAUUUAGGAUGCCAACAAAAUAAUGAUUGUGUAAGCGAUGUUUGCCAACAGGAUAUUUGUCAAGUUCCUACUUGCACUGAUAAUACGAAGAAUGGAAAUGAAACUGACAAAGAUUGUGGUGGUGGAUUGUGUCCUAAAUGCGCAGAUAAUUUAGGAUGUCAACAAAACAAUGACUGUGUAAGCGAUGUUUGUCAACAGAAUAUUUGUCAAGUUCCAACUUGUGCCGAUAAUACCAAGAAUGGAAAUGAAACUGACAAAGACUGUGGUGGUGGAUUGUGUCCAAAAUGUGCCGAUAAUUUAGGAUGCCAACAAAAUAAUGACUGUAUAAGCGAUGUUUGCCAACAGAAUAUUUGUCAAGUUCCUAUUUGUACCGAUAAUACCAAAAAUGGAAAUGAAACUGACAAAGAUUGUGGUGGUGGAUUGUGUCCAAAAUGCACAGAUAAUUUAGGAUGUCAACAAAAUAAUGACUGUAUAAGCGAUGUUUGCCAACAGGCUAUUUGUCAAGUUCCUAUUUGUACCGAUAAUACCAAAAAUGGAAAUGAAACUGACAAAGAUUGUGGUGGUGGAUUGUGUCCUAAAUGCGCGGAUAAUUUAGGAUGUCAACAAAAUAAUGACUGUAUAAGCGAUGUUUGCCAACAGAAUAUUUGUCAAGGUAUGCCAAUUAAGAUUCCUACCUGUACCGAUAAUACCAAAAAUGGAAAUGAAACUGACAAAGAUUGCGGUGGUGGAUUGUGUCCAAAAUGCACAGAUAAUUUAGGAUGUCAACAAAAUAAUGAUUGUACAUCAUCUCUUUCAGUUCCUACUUGCACCGAUAAUACAAAGAAUGGAAAUGAAACUGACAAAGAUUGCGGUGGUGGAUUGUGUCCAAAAUGCACAGAUAAUUUAGGAUGUCAACAAAAUAAUGACUGCAUAAGCGAUGUUUGCCAACAAGAUACUUGUCGAGUUCCUAUCUGUACCGAUAAUACCAAAAAUGGAAAUGAAACUGACAAAGAUUGUGGUGGUGGAUUGUGUCCUAAAUGCGCAGAUAAUUUAGGAUGUCAACAAAAUAAUGACUGUGUAAGCGAUGUUUGUCAACAGAAUACUUGUCAAGGUAUGCCAAUGGAGAUUCCUAUCUGUACCGAUAAUACCAAGAAUGGAAAUGAAACUGACAAAGAUUGUGGUGGUGGAUUGUGUCCAAAAUGUACAGAUAAUUUAGGAUGUCAACAAAAUAAUGACUGUAUAAGCGAUGUUUGCCAACAAGAUAUUUGUCAAGUUCCUACUUGUACCGAUAAUACGAAGAAUGGAAAUGAAACUGACAAAGAUUGUGGUGGUGGAUUGUGUCCAAAAUGUACAGACAAUUUAGGAUGCCAACAAAAUAAUGACUGUAUAAGCGAUGUUUGCCAACAGAAUAUUUGUCAAGUUCCUAUUUGUACCGAUAAUACCAAAAAUGGAAAUGAAACUGACAAAGAUUGUGGUGGUGGAUUGUGUCCUAAAUGCGCAGAUAAUUUAGGAUGUCAACAAAACAAUGACUGUACAUUGUGUAUUGUAGUUCCAACGUGUACCGAUAAUGCCAAGAAUGGAAAUGAAACUGAUAAAGACUGUGGUGGUGGAUUGUGUCCAAAAUGCACAGAUAAUUUAGGGUGCCAACAAAAUAAUGACUGUACAUCAUCUCUUUUAGUUCCUAUUUGUACCGAUAAUACCAAAAAUGGAAAUGAAACUGACAAAGAUUGUGGUGGUGGAUUGUGUCCAAAAUGCGUAGAUAAUUUAGGAUGCCAACAAAAUAAUGAUUGUAUAAGCGAUGUCUGCCAACAGAAUAUUUGUCUAGUUCCUAUUUGUACCGAUAAUACCAAAAAUGGAAAUGAAACUGACAAAGAUUGUGGUGGUGGAUUGUGUCCAAAAUGCGCGGAUAAUUUCGGAUGCCAACAAAAUAAUGAUUGUAUAAGCGAUGUGUGCCGACAGGAUAUUUGUCAAGUUCCUACUUGCACUGAUAAUACCAAAAAUGGAAAUGAAACGGACAAAGAUUGUGGUGGUGGUUUAUGUCCAAAAUGCACAGAUAAUUUAGGAUGCCAACAAAAUAAUGAUUGUAUAAGCGAUGUUUGCCAACAGAAUAUUUGUCAAGUUCCUACGUGUACCGAUAAUGCCAAGAAUGGAAAUGAAACUGAUAAAGACUGUGGUGGUGGAUUGUGUCCAAAAUGCAUGGAUAAUUUAGGAUGUCAACAAAAUAAUGACUGUAUAAGCGAUGUUUGCCAACAAGAUAUUUGUCAAGGUAUGCCAAGUAAGAGUAAUAUUAAAUAA